AUGGAGAAAUCCGACCAAAUUGUUACAUGGAGCUCUGAGGAACUAUUAGGUUUAGGGAAUGUUAAGUUUUAUAGAUGUAGCUUUUGUAAACGAGGUUUUUCGAAUGCACAAGCAUUAGGUGGACAUAUGAAUAUUCAUAGAAGAGAUAGAGCAAGGCUUAGAGAAUUUUCAAGUGAUCAAAAUUUGCUUUCAUUGGAUAUCAAAAACUCCGUUUAUCCUCCUCCUCCUCCUGGAAAUGAUGAGUUGUUGCAACAAGAAGUAUCAUUAUAUGAUGAGGGAAUAAUUUGUAUCCCCUCGAAAAGGCCAUGUGUUAAGGUCAUGAGUUGUGAUCAUAAUCCUCCUCAUCCUCCUCCUCCUCCUACUCUUCCACAUGAUGUCUUGUUGCAACGAGAAGAAUCAUCGUAUGGUGAAAUAACUAUUAGUAGCCCCUCAAAAAGGCCAUGUGUUAAGGCGAGUUGUGAUCAUAAUCCUCCUCCUCGUCAUGCUCUUCCAUAUGAUGUCUUGUUGCAACGAGAAGAAUCAUCUUAUGGUGAAACAAUUAUUAGUAGCCCCUUGAAAAGGCCAUGUGUUAAGGUGAGUUGUGAUCAUAAUCCUCCUCCUCCUGCUGCUCUUCCACAUGAUGUCUUGUUGCAACGAAAAGAAUCAUUGUAUGAUGAAACAAUUAUAAGUAGCCCCUCGAAAAGGCCAUGUUUUACAUAUGAUCAAGAAAAGGAUCAUUAUGAUCAUAGUCUUUCUCUUGUAAAUGAUGAUUCGUUCCAACGAGAGGUAUCAUCAUACGAUGAGACAAUAAUUAGUAGCUCCUCGAAAAGGCCAUGUGUUACAUAUGAUGAAGAAAAUGAUCAUCUAAUUACAUCCAAGGUUAAUUGUUAUGAUCAUAAUCAUGAAGUGAUUAUUGGAGAUCUUUUGCAAUUACCUUUAUUCAAGGAGACUCCAUUAGUUAAAAAGGCAAACAAUUGUAUGGAAAACGGGAAAGUAGAAAACAAGGGCAUGGAGCAAAAUCAUGUUUCAAUAUUGGAUCUUGAGCUUCGGUUAGGGAUGGAACCACCCGAGUCCUCGACAGAGACAGAUCUACGAUUUGAACUUCAUAAGUUUUGA